GGCCUUUCCUGUCUGUGGCGGAGCCGCCGCCGGGCGAUCGCGGCCGGGGAGACCCGGGCCGGGACCAGGACCCGGACAGGAACGGGGACCGGGAACGGGGGGCUCGGAGCGCCCUGGGCCGCGCUGGGGGCGGGGGAAGCCGGUAAUGCCCCGCCCCCAGUUCUCCAAGACCAACGAGUCUUGUGGCUAGACAAACCCCAGCGGAAGCGGCGCGGCUGCCACUCCGGUCACGUUGGGCGGAAGGGGCGGGGCCUCAGCCGGAAGGCGGAAGUGCCGCGGCCUUUCCCGUCUGUGCCGGAGCCGCCGCCGAGCGAGCGCGGCCGGGAGGAACCAGAGGGAACCGGGAGGAACCGGAGAGGGCACCGAGCGGGCACCGAGCGGGACCCGGCGAGCACCGAGCGGCUCCUCCGGCACCGCCCGCGGCCGUGAGAGCGCGGGGGGACGGCGGCGGCGAGGCCCGGUGAGGCCUAGAGGGGCCCGGCCCGGGGGCGGCGGAGGCUCCGGCGGGGCCUGGCCCGGGCCGGGGGGGCUGAGCCGGGAGGCAGAGGCGGAAGAGGAGGAGGAGGAGAAGGCGCCCCGGGCAUGGCGGCCCCCGCGGCGCUGGGCGGCCCCGGCUGCCGGCCCGACCCGGUGGAGACGCUGCAGGAGGAGGCGAUCUGCGCCAUCUGCCUCGACUACUUCGCCGACCCGGUGUCCAUCGGCUGCGGGCACAACUUCUGCCGCGGCUGCAUCUCCCGCCUCUGGGCCCGCGGAGGCGGCGGCGGCGGCGCCGAGCCCGACCCGGGCGGCUCCGGCGGCGGCUCCGAGCUGGGCGAGGAGGAGGAGGAGGAGGAGGAGGAGGAAGAGCUGGAGGAAGACGAGCUAGACGUGGAGCAGGAGGAGGAGGAGGAGGAGGAGGACGGCGUGGACGAGGAGGAAGACGACGACAUGUGGGAGGAGGAGGAGGAGGAGGAGGAGGAGGUGGAGGAAGGCGAGCUCUGGGGGGACCCCGCGGAGGAUGAGGAGGAGGAGGAGGACGAGGAAGGCGGCGCCGCCUGGCCUGCGGGCGCGCAGGGCGGGCUCUACUUCGACUACGACGAGGACGUGAUGGAGGAGGACGUGGAGGAGGAGGAAGCUGAGGACGAGGAGGAGGAGGAGGAGGAGGAGGAGGAGGAAGAGCGGCCCCCGGCGCGCCGCCCCGGCGCCGCCUUCACCUGCCCGCAGUGCCGCAAAUCCUUCUCGCAGCGCAGCUUCCGGCCCAACCUGCAGCUGGCCAACAUGGUGCACAUCAUCCGGCAGCUGCACCCGCGCCCGCAGCGCGGCCCCGCGCCCCCCGGCGCCGCCCCCGCCCCCGGCGGGCCCCCCGAGCUCUGCCAGAAGCACCAGGAGCCGCUGAAGCUCUUCUGCGAGGUGGACGAGGCGGCGAUCUGCGUGGUGUGCCGCGAGGCGCGCGGGCACAAGCAGCACAGCGUGGUGCCGCUCGACGAGGUGGUGCAGGACUGCAAGAACAAGCUGCAGAGCCACCUGGAGCCCCUCAGGAGGCAGCUGGAGGCCGUGCUGAAGCAGAAAUCCAGCGAGGAGGAGAAGAUCUCCCUGCUGAGGGAGCAGAUGCAGGCGGAGAUGCAGGAGCUGGAGGCCGAGUUUGAGGUGCUGCACCGGUUCCUGGCGGGCGAGCAGGUGCUGCUGCUGCGGCAGCUGCAGGAGCGGCACGAGGCGCUGCAGGCGCGGCAGCGGCGCAACCUGGGGCUGCUGGAGGAGAGGGGGGCGGCCCUGCGGCGGCUCAUCGCCGAGGCUGAGGCUGCAGGGAGGCAGGAGGGGCUGCAGCUGCUCAAGGACAUCAAAGGCACCUUCCUCAGGUGUGAGAACAUCAAGUUCCAGGAGCCCGAGAUGGUGCCCGUGGACGUGGGCAGGAAGUUCAGGAAUUGCUUCCUGCAGGACGUGGUGAUGAGGAAGAUGGAGAAGGUCUUCAGCAAAGUGCCCCAAGCCGACGUCACCCUGGACCCCUCCACCGCCCACCCCCGGCUGAGCCUGUCGCUGGACCGGCGCAGCGUCCGUCUGUCCGAGCGGCGCCCGGAGCCCGCCGAGGGCGCCCGGCCGCGCUGCGACGGCGACCUGUGCGUGCUGGGCGCCCCCGGCUUCAGCGCCGGCCGCCACUACUGGGAGGUGGAGGUGGGGGGCCGGCGGGGCUGGGCCGUGGGCGCCGCCCGCGAGAGCGCCCGGCUGCGCGCCAAGGCCGGCGGCACCGGGCCGGCGCCCAAGCGGGAGAUCUGGGCCCUGGGCACGGCGGGCAAGAGGUGCCAGGCGCUGGCGGGCACGGAGCAGACGGCGCUGGCGCCCGGCGAGCAGCCGCGGCGCUUCGGGCUCUACCUGGACUACGAGCGGGGCCAGCUGUGCUUCUACAACGCCGAGAGCAUGAGCCACAUCCACACCUUCCACAUCUGCUGCCGCGAGCGCGUCUUCCCCUUCUUCCGCGUGCUGGCCCGCGGCACGCGCAUCAGGAUCUGCAGCACCUGACCUUCCUCCUCCUCCUCCUCCUCCUCCUCCUCCUCCUCCUCUGCGUGCUGGCCCGCAGCACGCGCAUCAGGAUCUGCAGCACCUGACCUUCCUCCUCCUCCUCCUCCUCCUCCUCCUCCUCCUCCUCCUCCUCAUCCUCCUCUGUGCUGGCCCGCGGCACGCGCAUCAGGAUCUGCAGCACCUGACCUUCCUCCUCCUCCUCAUCCUCUGCGUGCUGGCCCGAGCAUCAGGAUCUGCAGCACCUGACCUUCCUCCUCCUCCUCAUCCUCCUCUGCGUGCUGGCCCGCGGCACGCGCAUCAGGAUCUGCAGCACCUGACCUUCCUCCUCCUCCUCUUCCUCCUCUCUGUGCUGGCCCGAGCAUCAGGAUCUGCAGCACCUGACCUUCCUCCUCCUCCUCUUCCUCCUCUCUGUGCUGGCCCGAGCAUCAGGAUCUGCAGCACCUGACCUUCCUCCUCCUCCUCCUCCUCUUCCUCUGCGUGCUGGCCCGCGGCACACGCAUCAGGAUCUGCAGCACCUGACCUUCCUCCUCCUCUUCUUCCUCCUCCUCCUCCUCUGCGUGCUGGCCCGCGGCACGCGCAUCAGGAUCUGCAGCACCUGACCUUCCUCCUCCUCUUCUUCCUCCUCCUCCUCCUCUGCGUGCUGGCCCGCGGCACGCGCAUCAGGAUCUGCAGCACCUGACCUUCCUCCUCCUCCUCCUCCUCCUCCUCCUCCUCUGCGUGCUGACCCACACAUCAGGAUCUGCAGCACCUGACAGGGCCAGGAGGGCUCGGUUCCUGACCUUCCUCCUCUUCUUCCUCCUCCUCCUCUUCCUCUGUGUGCUGGCACGCGCAUCAGGAUCUGCAGCACCUGACCUUCCUCCUCCUCCUCCUCUGUGUGCUGACCCGCACAUCAGGAUCUGCAGCACCUGACGGGGCCAGGAGGGCUCGGUUCCUGACCUUCCUCCUCUUCCUCCUCCUCCUCCUCCUCCUCAGUGUGCUGGCCCGAGCAUCAGGAUCUGCAGCACCUGACGGGGCUGGGACAGGGCUUGGUUCGUGACCUUCCUCCUCUUCUUCCUCCUCCUCCUCCUCCUCCUCGUCCUCGCGCUGCCCCGCCCGCGCUGGCAGCCGGCACCGCCGUGGGGAUGGGUGGGCUCGGGGUGGGGCAGGACCCACCUUGGAGUGGGGUGGGGGUGAAAUGGGGCAGGAUCCGCCCACUUGGAGCUGGUUUGGGUUUAAUGGGGUGAGAUCUGCCCCUCAGAGCCAGUUUGGGUUAAACGGGGUGAGAUCUGCCAAGUUGGAAACAGUUUGGGUUAAACGGGGUGAGAUCUGCCACUCUGGAACUGGUUUGGGUUAAAAUGGGUGAGAUCUGCCACUCUGGAACUGGUUUGGGUUAAAAUGGGCUGAGAUCUGCCAAGUUGGAACUGGUUUGGGUUUAAUGGGGUGAGAUCUGCCCCUCAGAGCCAGUUUGGGUUAAACGGGGUGAGAUCUGCCAAGUUGGAAACAGUUUGGGUUAAACGGGGUGAGAUCUGCCACUCUGGAACUGGUUUGGGUUAAAAUGGGUGAGAUCUGCCA